AUGGCUCAUGAUGCUAUAAAUGUGCUUGAUGAAUUCACAUAUGAAUCUCUAGAAGCACAAGUUCGAAACAAUCCAAUGAUAAAGGUUAGUGGUUUCUUUUCUCAUCAUGCAUUUACAAGCAAACUAUCCCAAAAAAUCAAAACCAUAAACGAAGAGUUGAGGGCUAUCAAUCAUUUAGCCAAAGAACUGGGUCUCCAAUCACUUAUAGUUCCUUCUCAGCAAAUAGUACUGAUUAUUCGAGAAACAGAUUCCUUAGUAGUUGCUACAAAUGUUGUUGUGUGGGAUGAGUUCAUUGACACCUUGAGAGGAGUAAACACUUCCAGAGGAAACUGCAUUCUUGUGAUGACUCGUAUGAAACUGGUGGCAUCCACACUAGCUGCAGUAGGUCCUCAUAUGUUGGAAAGAUUAGAGAAUGAUCACUGUUGGUUGAUUUUCAAACAAAGAGCAUUUGUUUAUGGGGAAGAUCCGGAGGAAAUAGUGAGCAUGAAGAACAUGAUUGUUGAAAUGUGUCAAGGUCUACCGUUGGCAGCAGGUGUGUUGGGAGGUCUCUUGUGCAACAAGGAGAAACAUGAAUGGUGGGCUAUUAUUGAUGGAACCCCCUUGUUGCUGGUGAAGAUGAUAAUGGAGAGAAUAGCUUAA